ACAGAGACACAGUCCGAUCCACUUCACUCACCACUCUCUCUGUCUCGAUGGUCAUCUGCAAAGCUUCAAACCUGAGCUAUGCAUUACUCUCUCUCAAUUUCUCUUCCAAAACAAGCCCCGAACAUCUCCCUUAUUUACAACCCUACCCUUCUCUGCGCAACAAAUGCACAGUCUUCUCUUCUUCUACUGACAACCCUAGGUAUAGCUCCAGAGACGAGCACUUGGCGAAUGGUAUGAAUCAUCAUUGUGCUGAUAGAAGAUACAGGAGAGCAAAUGAUGAUGGAGGAGGAGGAGGAGGAGAGAGAAAGGUCAAUUGCGAAGUGGAUGUGAUAUCUUGGCGGGAACGAAGAGUUAAGGCCCAAAUUCUGGUUGAUGCCGAUAUUGAAUCGCUCUGGAAUGCUCUCACUGAUUAUGAGAGGCUUGCUGAUUUCAUCCCCAAUCUUAUUUGCAGUGGGAGAAUUCCUUGCCCACAUCCUGGGCGGAUAUGGUUGGAGCAAAGAGGCUUGCAACGAGCCUUAUAUUGGCAUAUAGAAGCCCGCGUUGUAUUGGAUCUCCAAGAAUUUCAGAAUUCAGCUAACAGUCGUGAACUCCACUUUUCCAUGGUUGAUGGUGACUUUAAGAAAUUUGAAGGCAAGUGGUGUCUGAAAUCUGGAAAAAGGUCCAUAACAACAAUUUUGUCAUAUGAAGUUAAUGUGAUACCAAGGUUCAACUUCCCAGCCAUAUUCUUGGAGAGGAUUAUCAGAUCAGAUCUUCCUGUGAAUCUUCAAGCCUUGGCUUGUAGAGCUGAGAGGAAUUUCGAAGGGAAUCAGAAUGCACUAAUCACGGAAAGUAUUUUGGGUACAACAUCUAUGGCUUUCCCUAUUUCCCCUGGCAUAGACAUUGAUGGUGCUUUAUCAGAGAAAGAUAAACUUUCUCCUGGAGAGUUGAAAGAGAAUUAUGCCAGUUCUUUUGGUCGUUUGUCCACAUCUUCUAGUGACUUGAGCAGUAAAUGGGGAGUUUUUUGGAAAGCUUGCAAAAUUGAUGGGCCUUGCAUGGUGGAUGAAGUUCAUCUCCGUAGAUUUGAUGGCCUAUUGGAAAACGGAGGCGUGCAUCGCUGCGUUGUUGCCAGCAUAACAGUAAAAGCUCCUGUUCGUGAGGUAUGGAAUGUGUUGACUGCUUAUGAGAGACUUCCCGAAAUAGUUCCAAAUUUAGCAAUCAGUAAGAUUUUAUCGCGUGACAACAACAAAGUUCGCAUUUUGCAGGGCGCAACGCUUGUUGUUGUGCGUGUCAUUUUUCAGGAAGGAUGCAAGGGCUUAUUGUAUAUGGUACUCCAUGCACGUGUCAUCUUGGAUUUGUGUGAACACCUGGAACAGGAGAUCAGUUUUGAGCAGGUUGAAGGAGACUUCAACUUUUUCCAGGGAAAAUGGCUUUUGGAGCAACUUGGAAAUCAUCACACACUAUUGAAAUACUCUGUGGAGUCAAAAAUGCACAAGAAUUCCUUUCUUUCUGAAGCUAUUAUGGAAGAGGUUAUAUAUGAAGAUCUCCCAUCAAACUUAUGUGCCAUUCGAGAUUAUAUUGAAAAAAGGGAAGCACAAAACACUUUGGAGACCUGUGAUCAUGCAGUAUUUUCUGUGGAGCAAACUGCUUCUUCUAGCAAAGACAGAUAUGAUGAUUGCAUGUCGGUUGAGAAAGAUUUUGAUUCUGACAGUCCACAUCCUUCUAGACAAAGACCACGGGUUCCAGGCUUGCAGAGAGAUAUAGAAGUUCUUAAAGCUGAGCUUAUUACCUUUAUAUCACAGUAUGGGCAAGAAGGAUUUAUGCCAAUGAGAAAGCAACUUCGCAAGCAUGGAAGGGUGGACAUUGAGAAGGCAAUCACACGCAUGGGGGGAUUCAGAAGGAUCGCAUCUUUGAUGAAUCUUUCUCUUGCUUACAAGCACCGUAAACCAAAGGGUUAUUGGGAUGACCUUGAGAAUUUGCAAGAAGAGAUAAGUCGGUUCCAGAGAAGCUGGGGAAUGGACCCAUCAUUUAUGCCUAGUAGAAAGUCUUUUGAGCGUGCAGGUCGGUAUGACAUUGCUAGGGCAUUGGAGAAAUGGGGGGGACUGCAUGAAGUAUCUCGUCUUCUCUCACUAAAGGCGAGGCACCCUAAUAGACAGGGAAACCUUUCCAAAGACAAGAAAAUGGAUUAUGUAUUAUCUGCCAAUGGUGAAGGGAAGAUCUUUGCUGGCAAGCCCUGCAACGUCUUUUCCUAUUCUGAGGUUCCAUGGCAGAAGAGCUGAACUUUGACCACUCUGAAACACUCGCCUGAGUUGUUGGUGUAAUAAUUGUCCGUUUAUCUUCUCGUGUAGUGAUUGGAUUGCAAUUGGGAGCUUUAGCAGAGCUUUGACCAACUCCAUGAGAAAUUAUUGAUACAUCUGGUGAAACAGGUGGCCUUA